AUUCCAUUUGGCAUCAGAUAUGAUGAGAAGUGGUUGCUGAAUCUGAUUCAGAAGCAAUGCAGUAUCUCCUUCACCCCAGUUGAAUUUCACUAUGAGAAAAUGCAGGCCCAGUUCUUUGUUGAGAAUGCCGACAUUGCCUUCGCACUGAAGAGUGUCAACGGCACGAUCUGGGAUGAGAAUAAUGAAAUGAUAUCUGUCUUUGUCCACCCCUCUGAUGCACCCCAGUCUGUGCAGAAGGAGCUGAAGCCAGAAAAGGUGGACCAGAUAAAGCUUUUGCCCUCAAACCUGAGGGACAAGAAACCCUACCAACUGGAUGGCCUAUCCAACACUAUGCAGAAUGCCUCCAGCAUCAAGGACUUGAACCUCUCCAACAGUGAG